ACACAAGGCUACCUCCCGCUUCUCUCUCCUACAAAACAAAAACACCGAAAUUCGCUCCCAUCAAAACAAAAAGCCAAACCCUAAUUAAAUCCUUUCAUUCAUCUCCUUUAACAAACACCUCCUCAUAAACAAUAUCCAUUUAUUCUUUUCCUUCUAUCUUUAGCUUUCAGUUUUCACUCCUGUAUGUUAAUAGUAAUUAUAUUAUAAUAAUUAUUGUUGUAAAUAUGGAGAGUCAAGAAGUAUUAGAGAGUAGAAUGGCUUUUCAUGGUAGUAAUAAUGGAGUUAAUGGUUUAGAAUCGAAAAAAUCCGAGAAUGGUAUGGUGGUUGUUGAGAAUUUGGAGGACUUCGAGUUUAUAGAUGAUUUCGAUACGAUGAUGGACGAAGUAGAUGACCGGCUUAGGAUUUCACGAAUGGUGAGUGAUUCCAUUAUUAAAGGGAUAAUUAGUGCUGUUGAACAAGAGGCCGAGGAGAAAGUUAAAGUGAAAGAGUUGGAGAUUGAGAGCCUAAAGAGGGCUUCUGCGAACGUGGCAGAUGUCGAGGUUGAAGGACUUGCGGGUCUUGAAGGUUUUCGUGUGAAAAGUGAUGAAAUGAAAGAGGUUGCUACAGAUGAGUUUAAAAGGCUUAGGAAACAAAUUGAGAGUGUAAGGGGUUCUAAAAUUAAAAGAAAUGGAUCGUGUCAUGAAAUGGUGGGGUUGGGUGGUAUUCUGAAGGACUGGUAUGACUUAGAGAAAACCGUAGAUGGUCUUGAGAUGAUGAUGAAGGAUAUGUCUGAUUUCGUAGAUUCGGUGCUUGUGUUUUCUGAGACGUCAGUCAGUGAAUGUCAACAUGAGAAAGAUUUGAAAGGAGAAGUCGAAGAUAUGGUGAUUCAGAGUUCUAUUAAAUGCAUCCGGGAAGAGUUUGAGGAGGCGGGAAGGCAAAAUGUAGUUUUGGCUGAGAAAUUUGGUAACAUUUCCGAGCUAAGAAAUGAGUUAGAAUCGUUGAAAAAGUUGCUACCGAGUGGUGACUCGGGGCAUUUAAUAUCUCAUAGUUCUUUUGAUGUUGAAAAUACUCGUGUAAACCCGUUGAGAAGUGAGUUGUCUUCAAGAUGGGAGGAGAAUGGGGAGUUAAGUGACUGUAAACCUCCUGUUUCCGAUACUUUUGAAGCUAAUAAGUUUAGCCACUUGAAUAGGGAGGAAUUGGUACAACAUUUCAGUAACACAAUAUCAGAGAAAAAGAGGCAACAUGAAGCAGAGAUGCAUGAGCUAACGGAUAAAUACAUAAAUUUGAAGGGGAAAUACCUCAGCGAAAGAAGGUCUCUUAUCUUGCCUAAGGACUUUGAAGUAUUAAAGAGGAAGAUUCCGGCCGUCGUUUCUAAAUUAGAUGGCAUUCUUUCUGAAAGCGAUGAGUUUAUUGGAAAAGGUGAUUGUGUUGCCAGCCUUAACAUCAUUUUAAAAGAAAACCGCCAACUAAGAGACUCGCUUGUUGCUAAGACGAAUGAAGUGAAACAUCUAACAUCCCAACUUUUGGCUGUUUCCGAGGAAAACGGUAAAUCAUUACUGGCAGAUACAUUUGUAGAAGCUUCUACUGUGGAAGAUGUUUACAAAUGUGUUAUACUGGAGCUAAAUUGCCAAAUUCAAGAAGUUAAAGAAGAAUCAGAGCAAAAAGUUUUCGCACUGCAGGAUAUUUAUGAGGUUCUAAUGGAAAGUGCUACCAUCAGUGCGAUCAAAGAUACAUCUAUGGAAUUUUUAUUUAGGCAAGAACUAUUGGAGACUGUGUUCAAAGAAACUAUUACUGAUGUUAAGCAAUAUUUUGAGAAUAUGCGCAAAGAAUACAUUACCACAUGUGAAAAUUUUGUUUCCCUUGAAAAGAAGGCUACAGGAAUGGAGGUCGAACUGAUAUUGGAAGCUGAAGAGAGAGAAAAGUUAACGAAUGAAAUGCAUUUGCUUAGAAACCUAAUGGAAGAGAAAGAAACACUAGCUAGGGACGAGCUUAAUAAUUUAAGAAAGCAGGCAAGUUGGCAGGAAACACUGAUGUCGAAGACUAAUAAGGAGUUGGAAGAUAUGAGUGACGAGUUGUCAAAAGCACGGGAAAAGCUUUUAUCUGAUAAAAUGGAAAUAGAUUCGCUGAACCAGAAGCUUCUGCUAGCAAUGGAGGAGAUCAAAGCUUUAAAUGAUUAUAAGAACAUGGUUCAUGAUCUUUCUCAGGAGAAACAUGGCUUUGCGUCACUGCUUGAAGCAAAGGAGAAAGAGCAUAGGAAGCAAAUGGAAGCGGUAGUUGUUCUCGUUGAUGAAAUAUCAACAAAGUUUGGUGAUUUUGAAGGCAUGGUGACAAGGGAUAUUUCUAGUAAUAAAAUCAGGUUGGAAAAUUCUGUAUCGGAGUUGAGUUCUCUCAUCAAGGCAGCUAAUAUACUUAACAGCACGGGGAACCUACACAAACAGAAGCUUGAAAGGAAAUGUCGUGACCUUAAAAUGGCAGAGGAUGAGGUUGAUCUUUUGGGCGAUGAAGUUGAUAAACUUUUAGACCUUCUUGAGAAGAUAUAUAUUGCUCUUGACCAUUACUCGCCGGUCUUGCAACAUUACCCUGGGGUUAUUGAAAUCUUAGAGCUGGUUAGGAGGGAAUUAAGUGGUGAAUCUUUAAAAGCACAUUGAGGAAUCCUUUAGUAAGAUACUCUCGCUUGUGAGACAUGGCUAGGUUUGUUGAAGGCUUGGAGCUUUUUUGGUUUUCGCCAAAGUAACUAUUGGGAUCAAUGAGUCUAGAAGACAUGAGUUGGGGAUGUACAUGGUCUAUAAUUGUGAAAAGUAGUGAAUUGAAUCUUAGCCUUAUGCCUGUGAGUCUAUGAGAUAGCUGAAGGUUGAAGCAUAUUUUUGCACAUGUAUCUCACACACAUACACACGACGUAUACUGCACUAGUGCACGUCACUGUUUCAUUUAUUUUUUCCUUUUUUGCACCCGUAAUUAAUGGCUUCUUGUAUAUACACAUUAACUUUUGUUCCUCAUGUAAUCAUGUCCUAGCUAGACUUUGGAUUUUGGUGCUUAGACUAAGCAUUGUUCAAAAACCAUAUUAAUCUAAAUCAUUGUAAGUAGCCAAUGCCAAUGUUGGUAUUAUAUA